GCAGGCAGCCGCCCCGCCGGCUGCCGCAGGGGCAUGACGCAGCAGCCGCGGCCCCGAGGAGCUCCGCCCGCCACCGGCGGAAGGCGGAGCUUUGCUGCACCCUGGUCGGUGGCUUCGGCGGCGCUCGGGGUGUUCCCUUCCGCCCUCCCGGCUCGGCCGUUAGAGCGGGGCGGCUCUCGCGGGAGGCGGCGCCAUGGGGGUGCACGGUGUCAAAGCGGUGUUCUUCGACCUGGACAACACGCUGGUGGACACGGCGGCGGCCGGGCGGCGCGCCAUCGAGGAGUCAGUGCCCUGCAGUCAAAGCACCAUUAUGCGGAGGGACAAGCGCGUGUUAUUUGCGAUAAGGUCCAGGCCAAGCUUCUCAAGGAGUGUCACGAUCCCGCCAAGAUGUGCAUCACCGACCUGCGGAUUUCUCACUGGGAGGAGGCUAUCCAAGAGACGAUCGGGGGGGAGGCGAACCGCAAUCUGGCCGCCGAGUGCUAUUUCCUCUGGAAAACGACCAGGCUGCAGCACCUCACCCUGGCCGAGGACACGCGGGGUCUGCUCACCGAGCUGCGGAAAGGGGUCCGCCUGCUGCUGCUCACUAACGGCGACAAACAGACGCAGAGGGAGAAAAUCGAAGCGUGCGCCUGUCAGCCCUAUUUCGAUGCCAUCGUUGUGGGAGGAGAGCAGAAAGAGGAGAAGCCUGCACCAUCCAUAUUUCAUUACUGUUGUGAUCUCCUGGGGGUGCAGCCCGCAGAGUGUGUUAUGGUUGGGGACUCUCUAGAUACAGAUAUUCAAGGAGGCCUGAAUGCUGGCUUAAAAGCAACUGUCUGGCUAAACAAAGCAAUGACUACCCCAGUAGAUAUUUCCCCAGUACCUCAUUAUAUUAUUUCUUCUGUUCUGGAUCUUCCAGCAGUUUUACAGAAGAUGGGGCACAAAAUGAAUGCUAAGUUAGGAACUGACCAUACGGCUGAUAGUAAUGAAGCACACUGAUGGUUCCAGCAUACAGAGACAUGCUGAGCUGUUAGGUGACUCACACUCUUUAAAGAAUUGACUAUAGGGUUUUGAGCUCCUGUAAAGAAUGCUUUCUUAAACAGCAGGUGGAUGAGUAAGAGCACAGUUGUCAGUGAGAGUAGGAUAGAAACAACGAAUUAGAUUAAUUUCAAAGAUACAAGUGAAGUUACUUUGAAACAACUGCCUCUGGAAAUUACUUUGACAGGCUGUGGCUGAAGUCUGACUGUCUCUGACCUAAGUUACCAGUCUCUUGUUUUUGUAGUGGAAAAGAAAAUUUGACUGUUUUCAUCUCACCCAUGCUUUGCUGGUUUGUAAGCUUAGCAGAAGCUUCAGCUCAGACCUUGUUUGCAGUGUGUAAAAGAAGGUGAGAAAGUGUGGUACAAUCUGGUACAUCUUCACAGUUGAUCUGCAGUUUAUCUCAGGAACUGGAGUGAAUUUUGCUGUUUCUAAAAGGAGAAUUUAUUGACAGCAUUUAUUAUGUAUCAGGCCCUUAGAAAAUGCCCUACCUUCAAUCUUUUUUGAUAUCUAGUUGACUGGCUAGGGCUGGGUGCUAGGUUGGACUGGAUGAUCUUGGAGGACUCUUCCAACCUGGUUGAUUCUAUGAUUCUAUGAUUUUCAAAUUUUCAGGUUUUAGGUUUUUUUUUCUCAGACUUUGCAGUGACUUUUAUGAAAUCUGUACCUCAUACCAAAGGUAUUUAAAUGUACAUCAGAAACCAGCAAUUUUAUAGGGGACCAUUUAUCUGACGGACUUGAUGGUUAUGUUUUUUCUUUAUCUUGGUGCUUAAGCAGAUAUGCAGUGUCCUUGUACUUCAAAUUACGAUUUUCUUUGGAAUGUAAUUGAUAAAAUGGAUCUUUUCAAUGGGCUUCUUACUGUAGUGUCAGACUCUUUAAAAGCUAAUAUUGUUCUGUCUGAUUUUACUAGUGAAUUUUGAUCAGACUUUUUGGUGAAACUGUUCUUGGUCUCAGGUGUUUAGCUGCUCAGACUCAAUGACAGGAUCAGUGUGUUGGGGUUUUUUUUUGACUGUUUUAAUGGCACUGCUAUAAAAUUCCUGCCUGCUCUAGUUCUUACAUGUGUUUCAUGUGAUUUACUAUGGAAAAAAAUAGGAGUUAGCUGUUUGUAAAUGGCUUUCAUGACUCUCUUCCAGGAAAUCAGAAAUUUAUGUCAUAUGUAUUAUAGUACUGUGUACAACUUUAUAAUGUAUAUGUGCUAUUUCCUGUGUCAUCUCCUGUGCUAAAUGCAGGACAUGACUCUAAAACAUUAAGAUGUCUCUUUAUCCUAAUAAUUGAUUUUUUUCUGCACAGCCUAUUAUUACUGCAUAGUGGAAAACUAUUGCCAUAUUAGAUGGAAAUAUAAACACUUGUUGGAAAAACUCUGUUUUUCAAAAUAUAUUUGCUGUGUGUAUACAUUGAACUGAAUAUCUGACCGUAUGCAAGCACUCAAGUUUUGCAUUUUAGAAUAAAUUACUGACAAGUCUUUUGAGAACAGGGAUAUCAAGGUGCUAGCACAAGAGUGUCUGGCACGUAGGCAGCAAUAAAAGAUCAGCAAAAAGUACAAAAACUUAACCAGGAAAUGGUUGUGUAGAAUGAGUCCUAUAUACAAGAAAGGUUCCUUUGUCUCACUUGACAUGAGUCAAUGUAAUUAAGUCUUACAUAGGAUGACAGAUUUAGUGUAGAGGAACCUGUUACUGAUGUGGCUUAAAUUUGGCAAAGGGUUUAUGAGGUUGCAUCAAAACAUUGAGGAGGGGGAAAAAAGGCACUUUGAACCUCCUUUUAUUCAGUUGUCCCUUAAAAGCAAAGCAGCUCAGGUUCUUCAUACUAUCUAGCCAAGACCUUUGAGGCAUCAGGCUUAGUAAAGAGAACACAGGUAGGCAAUCUGUACUUUGAAGAAAAGGAGAUACGAUAAAAACGGUCAGAUUACAGUGGUAUGCUAAGUUGCCACACGUGCCUUGAGGUAGUGGGACUGACUUGGCACACCUUUGCUACUGAAUUAAGAGACCCAAGUUAAGGUUUUAUUUAGUGUCUGGAAGAGCAUGAAACCAGUCACUGGUUUAGCUGAUGAGGAAAUCAUUGCUAUCCUUAUAAGCAAGGACUGACAGAAACCAAAUAAAGGUCAUUACACCUAUGAGGAAUACUGUGUAAAGACAGAAAUGUAUCCAAAAAGUUAGAUGGAUCCCUGAAAAGGUGAUGCACUCGAAGUACUCAGUUGUAACCAUUUUGUCCGAUAGAAGAGCAACAACUUGCUGUAGAACAGCAUCCCAAAGGAGCUGCACUAUAACUGUGGGGGUUUUGCACAGCAUCAGUGUAGUAAAACAAGUCAGAAGGCGGUUUCUGACACAGCUGAGCUUUAACAAGUAGCAAUAGUUCACAAUUCUGUCAGUGGGUUUGAAGGAUGCAUACACACCAGGUUACCAUUUUUUUAAUUUAAGUUGAGGCUCAUUCUCUUGCUACUGCAUCAUUGUGAAGUGGGAUGCUGAGCCUGCUUAUUUUAUGAAGGGUCUCUUGUUUUAGAAGAGACCACUCUUUGUUUUGCACGUGGCCAGCUGUUUUAAAUCUAUGAAUCUAUGAAAAACAGAAUGCUCAGGUGAUGGUGUGGCCAGUUAAGGCCACACCUAAGUGUAUUCUUUCCAUUGCUGAGUACUGUACCAAGUGGGAUGUGACUACCAGUGUUCAGACAGGGCAACAGUGUUACGAUGCUCCUAUAAAACAGGAAGAAACAGAAGAGAUUUCUCUGUCUAGUGGUCUUCUUUGAAGCUGUUACCCAGUAACAUGGAUUAGGUAUCUACAGUAUCUAAACAGAUGUUUUUCUUGGAUGGAGCUCUUGCAGAAAGCCUAAUGAAAAACAAUUAACUAAAUGGAAACACAUAUGUGAUGGAAUAAUUUCCACAUCAGCAGCAGGAGCAGAUCAGUAAAACAGUCUAUAUUCAGUUACAGUUAAGUUCUGGUUUUGCUUAGUGUUCUGCUUUAUUAGCUAAGUUGUCUAGUUUAAAUUAUGUUGCCAAAACACACUACAUAGAAGAAAAUACAUCUCCAUUAUUUAUUUUUUCAGGUUACCUCCUGAUGUUAAUCUGCAAUAACUUUGACUCUAGUGAAAUUAACUGAAGCAAUAAUCCCAGCUGUAUUUUAACUCUUGAUUUAAAAGGACCUGUGUACUAGUCUAAUAAAAGUAUUUUGUUUAUAAAACAUUCA